AUGAUGGAUCUGGGUGUGGCCGGUCUUCCGGUGCCACUCUGGCAUCCGCCCGGUAUCUUUUCAGAAGCUGCCCUCAGAACCACUAGGAAAGUGGCACUGCAAGCCAUCUUUGUUUGUUUGACCGGGUUUGGGACUCUGGCCAAUGUCAUUCUCUUUUUCCAUGUCUCUCCAAAAUUGCUUGGCCGCAUACAGAUGCUCACACACAUGAUUCUUGCCCACAUGGCCGUGGCCAACUCCUUGGCUCUCCUUUCCACUGGGAUUCCCUACAUGAUGGCAGCUUUUGAUUUUAGGAACCCCCUGUCAAGUCUUGGGUGUAAACUUCUCUAUUUCAUCCACCGAAUGGCUCGCAGCACCAGCCUGUGCUCCACCUGUGUCCUGAGCAUCUAUCAGCUUGUUACUCUCAUCUCCAUGACACCAAGGUGGGCAAUGAUCCGAAGGAAAGCCCACGAGAUUAUUGGUCCUUCUUGUUGCACCUGCUGGAUGUUCAGUGUCCUGAUAAAUUGCUAUAUUCCCAUGAAAAUCACUGGUCCACGGGAAAUGCACAAUGAUACUCACACCCACGGCAAGUGGUUCUGCUCAUCGUCGGGUCCCAGUGCGGGCCUUAUCACUUUUUCAUCAGCCGUGGAUGCCAUGUUUAUUGGCCUCAUGGUCUGGGCCAGUGGCUCUAUGGUGCUUCUCCUGCAGAGACAUCUUCAGAGAGUGCAGCAUAUUCAUACCCUCAACCUCUCCCAGAAAUGUGUCCCUGAGACCAGAGCCACCCAUACCAUCCAGAUGCUUGUGGUCACCUUUGUCAUCUUCUAUACACUGGGUUCUAUUUGUGUCUUUUAUGCAAGUACUUUUGUAGACUUACGUCUAUAUUUCAUACAUGCUGCUCAUAUUUUGGAUUCAUGUUUUCCUGCUGUCAGCCCCUUACUGCUGAUCCUCAGGGAUCCUAGAGCUCCUAGGUUCUGCUCUUGA